GAGCAGACAUCCCUGAGAUUUCAGGAGAGCUACCAUUGCGAACGUGUGGUAGCACAGCUAGCAUGAAAGUGAAGAACGUGAAAAAGUUAUCUUUUACAAAGGGCCACUUUCCAAAGAUGGCUGAAUGUGCACACUUCCAUUAUGAAAAUGUGGAUUUCGGCAAUAUACAGCUUUCACUCCCAGAGGAACAGAAUGAAAUAACAAGAAAUGGCUGUGAAUCCAAGGAACUUGUCUACCUUGUACAGAUCUCUUGUCAGGGCAAGAGCUGGAUUGUGAAGCGGAGUUAUGAAGAUUUCAGAGUACUUGAUAAGCAUCUUCACCUAUGUAUUUAUGACCGGCGCUUCUCCCAGCUCUCAGAGCUGCCUCGUUCUGAUGCCUUGAAAGACAGUCCAGAGCUUGUCACCCAGAUGCUGAUGGCUUACCUGUCGCGACUCUCAGCCAUUGCUGGCAACAAGAUAAACUGUGGUCCUGCCCUCACAUGGAUGGAGAUUGAUAACAAGGGGAAUCACCUGCUAGUCCACGAAGAAUCGUCCAUUAAUGUUCCUGCGAUAGCAGCUGCCCACGUUAUUAAAAGAUAUAUUGCUCAGGCAGCUGAUGAACUGUCCUUUGAGGUGGGGGAUAUUGUAUCUGUUAUCGACAUGCCUCCAAAGGAGUUGACUACCUGGUGGAGGGGAAAACAUGGAUUUCAGGUGGGAUUCUUUCCUAGUGAAUGUGUUGAACUAAUUAAUGACAAAGUUCCUCAGUCCGUGACCAAUUCCGUGCCAAAGCCAGUGUCCAAAAAACACGGCAAGCUCAUAACUUUCCUGCGCACAUUCAUGAAGUCUCGGCCAACGAAACAGAAAUUAAAGCAACGUGGGAUCCUAAAGGAGAGGGUGUUUGGCUGCGACCUUGGAGAACAUCUCCUGAAUUCUGGCCACGAUGUCCCCCAGGUCCUCAAGAGUUGCACUGAAUUCAUCGAGAAACAUGGCAUUGUGGAUGGAAUAUACCGUCUGUCUGGGAUCGCUUCCAAUAUCCAGAAGCUACGGCAUGAGUUUGACUCGGAGCAAAUCCCUGACUUGACGAAAGAUGUAUACAUUCAAGAUAUACAUUGCGUGGGUUCACUGUGCAAGCUGUAUUUUCGGGAACUCCCAAAUCCCCUGCUCACCUAUCAGCUGUAUGAGAAAUUCUCAGAUGCUGUGUCUGCUGCUGCAGAUGAAGGGCGGUUAGUUAAAAUCCAUGAUGUCAUCCAACAAUUGCCACCACCCCACUACAGGACGCUGGAGUUCCUAAUGAGGCACUUGGCUCAUCUUGCUGAUUACUGCGCCAUCACAAAUAUGCACACCAAGAACUUAGCAAUUGUCUGGGCACCAAACCUACUGAGGUCAAAGCAGAUAGAAUCUGCCUGUUUCAGUGGAACAGCUGCUUUUAUGGAGGUUCGAAUCCAGUCAGUUGUUGUGGAAUUCAUCCUCAAUCAUGUUGAUGUCCUUUUCAGUUCCAAACUCAGCUCUGUUAUUCGGGAGAGUGCAGGUCACAGUUCCUUGUCACGGCCUAAAUCCCUGCUGGUGUCUUCUCCCUCCACAAAACUGCUCACAUUGGAGGAAGCACAAGCGAGGACGCAAGCCCAGAUCAAUUCACCCAUCGUGGCAGACAGCAAGUACAUUGAAGUGGGUGAAGGACCUGCUGCUCUACAGGGAAAAUUCCACACCAUCAUAGACUUCCCAUCUGAAAGAAAGAGACCACCAAGUAAGAUGAAGAAAUCCCCAGUUGGCAGCUGGCGUUCCUUCUUUAACCUAGGAAAAUCAUCAUCUCUAUCCAAGAGGAAAUUGCAACGCAACCCAAGUGAGCCUUCUGAAAUGAAAGCCAUAGCCCUGGCAGGAGGACGAGGAGACAGUGGGACCCUGCGCUCCGCGAAGAGUGAAGAGUCCCUCUCGUCUUUACAUGCCAUAGAUGGUGAAUCUAAAUUGUUCCGGCCCAGAAGACCCCGGUCCAGUAGUGAUGCCUUGUCUGCUUCCUUUAACGGGGAGCUCUUGGGGAACAUGAACCGCUGUAAUUCCUAUGACAACCUGCCCCACGACCAGGAGAGCGAUGGAGAGGAAGGGCAUAUCCAUGUUCCCGCUCUCGUCUCCCCACGGUCAGCUGAGGAUGUUGAUCUAAGCCCGCCUGAGAUCGGUGUGGCUAGCCUGGAUUUUGACCCCAUGUCUUUUCAGUGCAGCCCUCCCAAAGCGGAGUCCGAGUGUCUUGACAGCAGCACCUCCAUGCUGGAGUCGGUAGACUUUAAUAAGGAUAAGCAGAACAACUUUAAGAAGGAACUAGACUCAGGCAGCCAGUCCCAGACCCCUGGCAGUGCCACAAGCUCUGAACCAGUCUCCCCCUAUCAAGAGAAGACCAUGAGUCCCUUCUUCACUCUAGACUUGAGCCCAACGGAAGAUAAAUCAUCCAAGCCCCUGUUCUCUGAGAAGGUCAACCACGCCUUCUCCCCCAAAAUGGGACGGAAGCCCCUAAAGUCUCCGCCACCAAACAUACUGGAGCCUCUCUGCUUCACUCUGCCCAGCCGGGUGCCAGAUGUCAUCGGAGGGCUAACAGGUUGCUCAAGUGCUCCAGAGUGGACUAAAGGGAACUGCAGCACCAGCGAGGCCCUAAGCAGGUCCCCACCCGAGAUGAUAAUAUCACCCUUGAGAGCCUGUGAGCUGAGGCCAAGUGAAGGGCACCAGCAAGAGUUCCAGAGCCAAGGAGAUGCUAAGAAAGCGGAACUUCAUGAAGAGGCGGAACAGCCCCUGGCCAGCAGCAGCCAGAGUAAGCCUGUACCUUCUGGACAGACGCAGCCAGGAGUGGUUGCCCUCGACUCCCCCCAGGAUCCUGUGCCAGUCAGUUCUGUCUCUGUUGUCCCUCCUCCACCACCGAAAAACGCAGCACGCAUGCUAGCCUUGGCCCUAGCAGAGUCUGCCCAGCAAGCCUCUGUUCAGUCCAACAGGAAACCAGAUGCUCUUUCGGACUGUAUCACCUGUGCAGAGGCAGAGAGCAGAGAAACUGUAGAAAUGUUCCAUCCCUAUCCUGGUGUCGCUCCAGAGAAGCUUCACCUCUAUGCUGCUCUGCCAGAAAAUCCACUCAGUUUUCAGGCCGCUGCGCCUGCAGAUCACCACAGAAGUGGACUGCCUGUAGACCAGGCCUUUCCAAACAGUAGCAUGCCAGAGGGCAGCAGCUGUUCUCACGCUGGCACGCCUGGAAAUUGGGACCACUCCCUGCUCCCUACCGACAUGCCUGGAGAGCGGCAAAGUGGCACAGACAUGGGCUGGGACCACUCCCACUACCAUCCUCACACGUCGGAGACACACCACCUCAUUCACUCCGUUCUCUCCGAGGGCCAGAACUACCCUCACCCUUGUGCCAGGGGAGCAGCUGAGCCAGAGCCACCUGUGACCGAAGCACCUCCACAGAACUCCCUCCUCCACAGUUGCCUCCCUAUGGAUAAGACCCAAAUCCAGGCCAACAAGCUUCACUUUCCUGUCUGCGCCAUGGAAAAUAAAUAUCAGUUUCUUCCUGCAACUGCUGGGGAGAAAACAGCCACAACGGUUGCAGCUUACGUGACAACGGUUCCGACAGCAGCAACCGAAACGGAACCUGGAGUAUCCAGCCAGCACGUUCCUCUUCAUCCUGCUGCAGUCGCUCCCAACUGCACAUGGGGAGAAAUCGCACUCAUGACCGCUCAGCACGCUCUUGCUGCCAGCCAUACAGUUCUGACACAGAGGCCGGGAGAGCAUCAGCCCGCCGUGGGACAAGCACCAGCUACGGCCAUUAAACCUUCAAGUGGCCUGGGCCAGGCACAAGAAGAGGCGGCUCCAGAGAAACCGCCUGAGCCUAGACCCGCGGAGCCGGCUCCCGUUUUCGUCACCGAGGGCAGUGCCGCUAUUCAGUGUACGUCUGCCACCCCUGUGGCCACGCUUCACCAGUUCCACUCGGAAAAGCCCCGUGAGAGUGCAAGGGCUCCCCCUUUGCAGUCGCGUUCUGAGUCUGUCCCGGCUCACUCCUCCUAUGGAUCUACACCUCCGGUCCCACCUGUGAGGACAAUAGAGAGUAAAAUCGCCGCAGCCAUGCAUUCAAACAGUGCAGAUCCUAUGAAUCCGGCCAGUUACCAUUCCUUUCUUGCUUCCUCUACACUGCCAUCGUCAGUGGAGGAUACUCCACCCAAACAUGCUUCUCUUCAGUCUUCAUAUUUCUCACAUUCCAAGUCAGAGAGCCCCCCUGAGCCCCCAGCGUCGGACAACUAUGUGCAUCACAAGCCUACGUCCAUCCACCAGUACAGGGCCGAAAGCAUUCCGCCACACCUCUAUCACAGCAAGUCUGAGCAACAUCCGGGCUAUCCUUCUGUGUUGGAGACCCCCACAUCUACGGUCCCCAGGUACAGUGCAUACACCCCUCAAGGGAAGAGUGCCUCUGUCCAUCACUCCAAACCUCGCGGCCGGGUAGAUUACAUGACCUCCAUGAGCCCUACCAUGAGGAGCACUAGUUAUGUAGAGGAGACACCACCCUACCCCUCUAUUCGACGUGUGCACUCGCUGCACGUCACUGCUCCGUCCACCAUCAGAUCGGUUCCAAUAUCCCGUACAGAGGUGCCUCCUGAUGAUGAGCCGCUGUACUGUCCAAGGCCUCUCUACCAAUAUAAGCCAUAUCAGCCCCAUGCGGAUUAUCAUGUCACUCAGCUGCAGCCUUACUUUGAGAAUGGCCGUGUUCACUAUCGGUAUAGCCCCUACUCAAGCUCCUCCAGCUCUUCCUGCUACUCUGCGGCGGAUGGUGGGUUUUAUGAUCUGGAUCCGUAUGGGACAGUGCGGUUGAGGCAGUUCCAUCCUCUCUCUGGUCGAGAUUUCACGUCCUACUCCAGGGUGCAAAGCAAAAGUUUGUACCGCUGUCCAGGCCUGCCGCCGUACCCCCGGGGAGGCCUCGUCGGCCACCUGACUGGCAAAGAGCACAGCUUCAUCAGCAGGGACGUGCCACCCGCUCCAGAUGUCAAACCCAUGUAUGUCUCGUGGGAUUUGGAGGACAUGGAAAAGUACCGCAUGCAGUCCAUCCGCAGAGAAAGCCGCGCACGUCAGAAAGUGAAAGGGCCUGUCAUGUCCCAAUAUGACAACGUAGCCCCCUUGCUGCAGGACGAGUCACGAACUGUCGAUGUUGUUCACUUGCGCAGUAAAUCUGAUCCUGGGAAAACUGGCCUUCUCACUGUUGCUGACGGGAAAGAAGGCAGGUAUCCGUACAAGGUUGGGACCCCUGAGGGAGACGAACGCUACUAUGUGCCACAUCCGGAUGCCGACAUGGACAGAUCCCAUUACCACGGAACCUAUGGGAAUGGGCAGCCUGAGAAACCUUCCCUCCCUCAAAAGCAAAGCAGCAUCAGGAACAGGAAACCGCACGAGGUGGGUUGCAAUUCAACUGAGCACAGAACACAUCUGCAGCAUGACGUGAGCCAUAGGCAGCCUCUGGAAUCUAAAAAUGGGCCCCCAUAUGCUGAUUACCGAUCAAAGGGGCACCAGGAACCACUGGAAUCAAUUGCAUACCAGCACUCUGGUGGGAAAUAUGUUCCAACCAGCCACGAUGCCUUGAGACUGAAUCAUAAAGAGGUGAAGCUACCAGAGGACAGGCCUGAAGCAGAGCGACCUCGAGCCAGGCAAGCUGUUGCUGUCGAAAAGCACUCCAGAGACUGCUACAAAGAGAGCGAGCACUACGGGCAGCCCGCAGCACCGCCCCCAAAACCGGAACGGAGCCACAGCCUCCGGCUCCAACACCCCGAGAGCGUAGAGCGGGACCCAAGUCUCCUUUACCCGUACCAAACCCUUGGCAAGCGCCAAAGCACCAUGACUGUGGUGUCGCAGUACGAUAAUUUGGAUGACUACCAUACCAUGCCUCAGCACCAAAGAGGGGGCUAUGCUGGAGGAGGGGGGUUCGUCCCACCCUUUUCUCAUCCACACAGCAGGACCUAUGCCACAGCCUUGGGCCAGGGGGCCUUCCUUUCCUCCGAGCUCUGCCUACAGAGGCCUGAGACUGAGAUCCACGCAGAGUGAGGCCCGAGGGGCGGGAGGGAUAGAGUGUGUAAGCAGCCUCUGCUGGACAGUGGACUGUUUUAUU